CACCCAGGCUACCGUGUCUCGGGAACGGGCCGGGCAGAGCGGGCUAGGGUGCCCUUCUCCCCCGUGCCUCUCAGACAUCGCUUGGCGCGGAGGCCGAAGCAGGCGGGGUCCCCUGGCCUGGCCCGAGUGCCGCGUGGGGGGCUCCGUGGAUCGAUGGCCUGCGCUCCUGGGAAGGCGACCGGAAAGCUUUCCCGGAGCCCACAGCGCUCACCUCCUGGACGUUAGUCCCAAAGACGGAGUGAGGUGUCAUGCCGACCAACUGGAGGAGCCCUUCUCUACUUGGGGUCCGCCGGCCUCGGCCGAAAGGUGUUUGAACCAUGACUCCGUCAUUUGUCCUGGCAGCUCUUUGCUUGGGCAUAGUCUCAGCUCUUCCAAAACUUGAUCAGACCCUGGAUGCGCAGUGGGACCAGUGGAAGGCCGCACACGGGCGACUGUACGGAUUGAAUGAAGAAGGGUGGCGGCGAGCAGUGUGGGAGAAGAACCUGAGGAUGAUUGAGCUGCACAAUGGGGAAUACAGCCAGGGCAGACACAGCUUCACCCUGGGCAUGAACCACUUCGGAGACAUGACCAAUGAAGAGUUUAGGCAGGUGAUGAAUGGCUUCCAACACCAGAAGCACAAGACAGGGAAGAUGUAUCAGGAGCCUCUGCUUCUUCAGCUCCCCAAAUCUGUGGAUUGGAGAGAAAAAGGCUAUGUGACUGAGGUGAAGAAUCAGGGACAGUGUGGCUCUUGCUGGGCUUUUAGUGCAACUGGAUCCCUGGAAGGACAGAUGUUCCAUAAGACUGGUAACCUGGUUUCCCUGAGUGAGCAGAACCUUGUAGACUGUUCUCGACCUCAAGGCAAUCAGGGCUGCAAUGGGGGCCUGAUGGAUUUUGCCUUUCAGUAUGUCAAGGACAAUAAAGGCCUGGAGGCCGAGAAAUCUUACCCGUAUGUAGGAAAGGAUGGAGAGUGUAAGUACAAGCCAGAGCUUUCUGCAGCUAAUGACACUGGAUUUGUGGAUGUCCCUCAGCGGGAGAAGGUCGUCCAGAAGGCAUUGGCGACCGUAGGCCCCUUGUCUGUGGCUAUCGAUGCCGGCCUUCAGUCCUUCCAGUUCUAUAAGGAAGGCAUUUAUUACGAUCCAGGUUGCAGCAGCAGGGACCUGAACCAUGGCGUGCUGUUGGUUGGCUAUGGAACUGAUGCAUCAGAGACCGGGAAGGGGGACUAUUGGCUUAUCAAGAACAGUUGGGGUACAACAUGGGGCGCAGAUGGCUAUGUAAAAAUCGCUAGAAACAGGAACAACCACUGUGGCGUGGCCACUGCAGCCAGCUAUCCUCUCGUGUGACCUGCUGCGCUGAGGUGACAGAGGACUGAGGACAGCGUGUCCACAGGAAUUUUACCUGAACACUGACCAAGCCCUUAUUGUGUAAGACAAAAACACUUGAAUCAUUGAGGAUUCAAUUUCCGAUUUGAAUUCUGUGACAUUUUUACAAGGGUAAAAGGUUACCACUACUUUACUGUUAUAUAAACAGCUGUAUGAUAUUGAAAAUUCCAAGACUUAAUUUUCAUUUUUUAAAAAGAGUAUAAAUCUUUACCUAUUAAAGUAAAUUUUAGUGUAAAAUAAUAAAUAUUGGUUCAUUA